AGUUUGGGGGUUGUGCAGGAUGGGAGAGGUGAGAGGCCUGAGCCCAGCCCCACCCUUAAGGGUCUUAUCCCUAACUCUGAGAGAGGCUACAAGGGACAGGAGCAGACAGCCAGCCAGGGAGGAUGCAGACUGGGGCAAGUGCUGGGUGGUGCCCUCGGCCCCAGGACGAGCUUGCUCCACUCUCCCUGAGCAGGCUGGGGAGCAGCCCCGGACCCCUGGGGACCCUUGGGAGAGAUGGGCCCCAUCCCGGAAACAGGCCUCUCCACCACUCACAAUCUCACACAUCACAGCAUCUGCCCUUGCUGAGCUCCCGCUGUGCCAGGCACUUAUUCCUGAGCCCACGGCCCUUCUGGAGGGCUGGACAGAUGAGGGUUUGGGGGCUCGGGUGACAAAAAGAUGCAGUGCCCACUGCACUGGCCAGGAUUGGGGCAGGCUGUAUUUUGCUCCCAGAGGUCACCUGCCAUCACCCUGACAUGUGCCCAUGUGGUCCAGACACCACCUAGCUUCAAGUGACCAGGAUGGAGUUACCAGAAGAGAUGAAAGGGUGGAGGAUACAGACAAGGCGAGGCCCUGGGGGAGGGAGGAGCGGACCCGCCUCCUGUGUGGCACACCUUGUCCCCAUCAGAGCAGGGGACGCGCCAUCUCUGCCUUUCUCCUCCCCAGACCCUGCCACGAGCCCAGGACAAGGCCUGCCCGCCGCCACCCUAACAGACAGGGAGGGCGACUGUGGGAGCAGAGGGGCCAGGGUCCUCAGCUGUUCCUACAGAUUCCCAGGGGGCGGAAGCACCAGGAGAAGGAAGCCGGGGUGGCGGGGGGCGCCUGACCACCCUCCACCAUCACAGCCCGAAGCUCAGUGGACUCUGGGCCCUGGCCCCCCAGGACCCAGGGUGCAGAGGCAAGGCAGGCAGACCCCCGGAGGCCAGCUUCCACGCCAAGUCCCUGAGGCAGUCUGUGCAGAGGCCGAUGGACCGCCAGAAGCUACUCCGCCAUAAGCUCCUGACUUCUCCAGGCCUCAGUUUCCUUAUUGGGAGCCCCCAAGUCGGCAAGAUUGUCAUGGCUGCUGCCGCCAAGCACCUGACACCCGUCACGCUGGAGCUGGGGGGCAAGAACCCCUGCUACGUGGACGACAACUGCGACCCCCAGACCGUGGCCAACCGCGUGGCCUUCUUCCGCUAUUUCAACUGCGGCCAGACCUGCGUGGCCCCCGACUAUAUCCUGUGCAGCCCCGAAAUGCAGGCUCGACUGCUGCCCGCCCUGCAGAGUGCCAUCACCCGUUUCUAUGGCGAAGACCCCCAGAGCUCCCCAGACCUGGGCCGCAUCAUCAGUGAGAAGAAUUUCCAGCGGCUCCGGGGCCUGCUGAGCUGUGGCCGCGUGGCCAUCGGGGGCCAGAGUGAUGAAAGCGAUCGCUACAUCGCUCCCACGGUGCUGGUGGGUGUGCAGGAGACGGAGCCGGUGAUGCAGGAGGAGAUCUUCGGACCCAUCCUGCCCAUCAUGAACGUGAGGAGCCUGGACGAGGCCAUCGAGUUCAUCCGCCGUCGGGAGAAGCCCCUGGCCCUGUACACCUUCUCCAACAGCAGCCAGGUGGUCAAGCGGGUACUGGCCCAGACCAGCAGUGGGGGCUUCUGUGGGAACGACGGCUUCAUGCACAUGACUGUCGCCAGCCUGCCCUUCGGAGGAGUGGGCGCCAGUGGGAUGGGCAGCUACCACGGCAAGUUCUCCUUUGACACCUUCUCCCACCACCGCGCCUGCCUGCUGCGCCGCCCUGGGCUGGAGAAGGUCUACACUCUCCGCUACCCACCCCACACUCCACGCAACCUGAGGGUCCUGCUCACAGCCAUGGAGACCCGCAGCUGCAGCUGCACCCUGCUCUGAGCCACUCAACGCACAGGGGCUCCGAGCGUCCCUCCCAGCUCACGUCUACGAGUCCUCCACUGCCGUGGCCACCUGAGGCUGGUGGAGACAUGACCUGGGGUCCACGACACAGGAGGAAAACACCUGCUGGGGCCACGGCCCAGACCAGUGCUUGCCCUCCUCCCGCCUGGGGCUUCUCUUUUCAGGCCCUCAGCUGCCCCCCAGCCAGGAUGGGCCAAGGUUUGGGAGCAUCGGAAACAGUGCAGUAACCUGCCCUCCCGCUCCCACGCUGGCCAGCCACCUGUGUUCCGGGAGACGAGGGCAGAUGUGGGCACCUCUCAGGACAGAAGGUGCCCUUUCUGUGGAGGGUGCAGAAGGGGUCCUGGCAUCCGGCCCAUGACACACUGCGGGCCUGCUGUGACCUGGGUCGUCCCUGCCCUCUUUGAGCCUGGUUCCCUAUCUGUUGGUGACCUGGGUCAUCCCUGCCCUCUCUGAGCCUGGUUCCCUAUCUGUUGCACAGAGGAGGUGAUUAACACCUCCUGAGAUCAUCGUGAGGAUUAAAUUUUGGAGCUUAAUUGCUGACUCCAGGCUCCAGGCGUCCUGUCUCCUCAUUUGGGAGGGGGGAGGCUGCUUCCCUCUACUCUCUCCGCACCUCUCCCUCCAGGUCAGGUUGAUGAGAUGCCCACAGUAGGAUCUCCCUUCCCUUCACCUCAGGGCUCUUAGGAGCUCUGAACUAGCUCCUGUCCCCCAAGUGGCUGGCCCUGGGCACCUUCCCCUCACCAUGUCCCACACUGGACUCAUCCCCUUCCCUGACCUGCUCAUCCUCCUGGGCCCCCAUGACAUGGAGUGAUCCCCCAUCACUCAGCCACAAAGCCAGACUCCCCGGCCUCCUGCUAGACACUCCCUUCUCACCUCCCAAGUCCCAUCUUUGCACAAUUCUUGAUGAUUCUAUAAAAUACCGCAGACUUCCCCAAUCCACACACUAAUCGCUGUGCCCCGGGACAUCCAUCACCUACCCUCUUCCCCCGGGGCCCACCCCUUCUCCUCAGAGAUCUUCCCAAAGCCCAUUGGACCAUACUAGCCCUCAGCCUGAACCCCUUCAGUGGUUCCCCUGGUUCACAAGUCUGGACCCAUAACAAUCCUUGGGAGGCUCUGCACAGCCCUGUGCACGACCCUCCACCACCACCACCGCCAACCCAUCCUUGUCCUCUUCUAACGCACUGGAUGUGUCCUCCUUCUCUGAUGGACCUCCGCACAGAAGCUGGGCAUGCUCUCUGGCCCUUCUGGUUCUGCUCGACUCCUCCUUGAGCUCUGCUUGGAUAUCAUCUCCUCCAGGAAGCCCUCCCUGACCACCUUCCACUCCCCCCAACACACAGGCGGCCUCAGGGGCUUUCUCAGUGUCCGCAGCCUCCGGGGUCCCUCUGCUACACAAUUCACUGGGAGGAAACACGGGUUUGGGGGCUGUUGAGGGACGGAGCUCCUGGGUCAUACAGAUCCAGGAGUGGUUCAGGCGGCCGCACUUCGCAGAUCUAAGGUUUGGGCCAAGUUACUACACAAGUCCGUGCCUCCGUUUCCCCAUCUGUAAAGCGAAAAUAAUCGUUCCUCCCCACAGGGCUGCCGGGAGGAUUAAAUGAAGACGCCAGGAUGAAGGUUUAGCAUAGAGUAGGCAUGGUUCCCGCGUGGAAUCACCACAGGCUACGAUUCUCAUCACUGUUAUCACACACGCCCUGCCGAAGCCGAGCAGAUGUCCUCCGGCCCAGGGUACCGGGUCCGACAGGAGCAGCAACCUUAAACCACGCCUCGGAUGUCCCGCCUCCAAGAGCUCGGGAGUCCCGGCUCACUAACUUCUCGCACCCAACCCGGCGGCGCUCUAC